AUCUUUGUCGUGGUCAAAACAAACACAAAAAUGGCCCUUCCCUGGCUGUCCUCGCGUAAAAGGUCACAUGGCUGAGGCCGCUCCUGAUUGGUGAUGGGCGGGAGGUGCUGCUAGACCUCUGGUUGCCGGGCUGUGGCCGAUAUAAUGUAGGGAAAGGUAGUGCCGGUGGCGGGACUAGGGCGUCUUCCCUCGAGCAAGCCGAGAUAGCAUUGCCGGGAUGAGAAAGAGGAACGAGUCCGUCACCUUGGAACAUGAGCGCUUCGCCACUUCGGCGCCGGCUGCCGCUUCUUCUCCUUCCCAAUCCACGCAGUUUGACAAAGGCUUCAGCCUGAGACCGAGCCUGCGUCUGCCUGGCAGCGCCUGCCCCGCCGGAGAUUCCGGCAUGAAGCGACCGCUUGGCAGGAGACAUGGAAUGUGGUUUCGAUUGCGGAAGCUAGUAAUCUGGUUGUUGGGAGUGUACAUAGCCAUUCCAUUUAUAGUAAAACUUUGUCCUGGUAUUCAGGCAAAGCUCAUCUUCCUAAAUUUUGUGAGGGCACCCUACUUCAUUGACUUGAAAAGGCCUCAGGACCAAGGUUUAAAUCACACCUUUAACUACUACCUACAGCCAGAGGAGGGUGUAACAAUUGGAGUCUGGCACACAGUUCCUGCAAGUUUAUGGAAGGAUGCUCAAGGAAAGGACCAACCGUGGUAUGAGGAUGCAUUGGGUUCUAGUAGCCCUGUAAUCCUGUACUUGCAUGGAAAUGGAGGUACAAGAGGAGGAGAACACCGGGUAGAACUUUACAAGGUUCUGAGUUCUUUUGGUUGCCAUGUAGUCACAUUUGAUUAUCGAGGCUGGGGAGACUCAGUGGGCAGUCCUUCAGAAAGUGGACUGACUUACGAUGCUCUUCAUGUUUUUGACUGGAUAAAAGCACGAAGUGGAGACAAUCCAGUUUAUAUAUGGGGGCAUUCCUUGGGCACUGGAGUUGCAACCAACCUAGUAAGGCGUCUCUGUGAAAGAGAAACUCCACCAGAUGCUCUGAUACUAGAGUCCCCUUUUACAAAUAUACGUGAGGAAGCAAGAAGCCAUCCCUUUUCAGUGAUAUAUAGAUACUUCCCAGGAUUUGAUUGGUUUUUCCUUGACCCGAUCACCUCUAGUGGAAUUAAAUUUGCAAAUGAUGAAAAUGUGAAGCAUAUUUCAUGCUCUCUGCUUAUUCUUCAUGCUGAAGAUGAUCCAGUUGUGCCGUUUCAUCUCGGAAAGAAGCUCUACAACAUUGCCGCCCCGUCUCGGAGUUUCCGUGAUCACAAAGUGCAGUUCAUUCCAUUUCAUACAGACUUAGGCUACAGACAUAAAUAUAUCUACAAGAGCCCUGAACUACCUCGAAUAUUACGGGAAUUCCUGGGAAAAAUUGAACAUGAGCAUCAUCGUCACUGAAGAGAUACCUGCAUGGUAGAGUUAAAAUUGUGUCACUUUAAAAAAAUUGCCAUUUUUAAAAAAAUCAGGUGUGGGAUAAAUCCCAGAUUCUUGCUUCAGUCCCAUUGCAUACCCUUGGAUACCCAGCCCUUGGAAUAAUAGAUAUGAAAAGAGAGAGAAUAUAGUUAGCUUUUGCCUUUUUUCAGUUUUUAUUUUAAAGAACAAGGACAAGACAACCAAAUGCAUCUGAAUAAUUCAAGCACAGGGAAAAAAAGGCAAAAUCCAUGAAAGUUGUGAACUUUCCUAGAAAAAUGUGUUAUACUGUUCAGAAGAAACCUUCUGGAAUGCAAAUAGGGUGUGAUUUAUCUUUUACCAGAAUAUAACUCUUAAUCUUUCAGUGGUGCAUCUAUUGUACCUGUACUACAAGCUCUUUCAGUAUAAAUUAGUUCUAUGAGUUUUUUGUUCGUUGUGGAAGCAUUGAAUUGCGGAAUUCCUGAAAAUGACAGGUAGUACUGGUUCUUAAAUAGGCUUGAGAAAUUUUUGUUAUCAGGAGAGUUGCAAGAAAACAUUUCAAAAUGAAAUGAAGGAUGUUUAAAACGAAGGCAACUAUGUAAAAGGGAUGAUUUGUGAUAAAGCAUCCCUUUCUUCAUUGCCUUGGUUUCAAGUUUCAAAACACUUUCCCCUGUACUGAUGAUCAUAAACAUCUUAAUUAUACCUCAUAAGUAGACACAUCCUUGUAGAGAUUGUUUUUCCUCAUCUCUGCACAGUUUUUGUGAGAUAUACAGGCCUCAAGUGAUGUAAAAUGUGUUGACUGCGAGUUACAGAGUCAGUUAUUUUAAAGGGCAGUUUAUUUUGUUUUGCUUCUUGCAAAAAGGAAGGGUAGAAUGAUAAGAGAAUUCAUUUUUCCACUGUGGUGAAGAUGUCUUCCAGUCUCCUCUAAUCAGAGACACAUGUAAGCACUUUGGGAGUGAGAAAAUUGGUAUCUUUCCUUAGUAAUCAUGUUUCUUUGCCCACAAACAGACAUACCAUUUGCUAAAAAAAAAAAAAAAACUCAGGUCCAUUAGUGGUGAUCAAAAGUUUUCAGCUACUCUAAAUACAAGAGAUUCAACAUAAAAAUGAAACCACCUAACUUGAGAUUCCCCCCCUAAUAAACAGGUUUUCUCCUUCAGUACAUUCUAAAUAGUGCAAAUACCAAUUAAAGAAAAAAUAUAUGGAUCUCCAAACUUUAUCCAAAUCAACCAAAGGUACUGAAAGCUAAACAAUUUUUACUAACAAAGCCUUAUCCUUGUUCCUUAACACGAUUUUAUUUCUGCUUAAAAGUUGAUCUUUGGCUUUGUUUUUGUCUCUUAUAUUGUAUAAGAGCUGAAGAUAUAUGAAGAUUUCUGACCAGCCUUGAAUGUGUUCCUCCAUUGGCAUAGGUCAGGCAUAAAGAAAGGCAACUAUUACUUUAGAAAACCAUCUUUGCUGUCCUCAAAAUUAGUAGGCAGCUAAUAUAACUACUGAUCAAUAAUCUACUUUUCUUGCUCCCCACCUUGAUAUGCCUUGGCCAGACUUUGCCCAUACCUCAUAAGAUUGAUCAUGAGUCAGUUUCAUUGGGACUGCUGAAGACUGCUUUUGACAAUUGUAAAAGGGAUACUUUUGUGACAAGAGUCUCCAGGCACUGGGUAGAUGGUGUUAUUACUAAAGCAAUAUCUGUAACUUCUAGCUUGUCCGAUGCACUACAUUUACUGAUUAUUUUUUAAUAAAAAUACAUGUGUCCCUAUACAUUGGAAAGCUGUAGAUCACUUAAUGAUGUGUGGAGGUAGUUGAAGAUGAUGCAAAGCUUGUCCUUGAUUCACCCGCCAUAUGGCUUUCAGGUUCUGCCAUCCUCCUGUCUGCCACAGUUCCCACAAAGCCAGACAAUACCCUUCCAGUGCUGCUUUCAGGGUUCUAAGUCAGCAUUCAGGCACGCAUGGAAUGGCAGCCAGUUGGAGGCAUUGUGAGUAGGAGUGAGUGAUAUUAAUGAAUUACAGCUAUUGUAUCUGUUGGGCCCAAGCAGGUGACUUUCAUUAGUCCUAGAUUCGCUGUAGAAUUGGCCCUGAAUUGUGCUGUUCCCCAAAUGUACAAUAUCAAGCAUAGUAGUCUUAGACACUUGUGUACAGAAGUGAAGUCUCCAGCCUUAAGUACCUGGAGGGUGCUGUUUGCUAAUAGUGUCUGUAUACGAAAUACUUGGUUUCGCAUGCAUCAAAGUCUUAACUUACAGAUUUGUUGUAAUUGCAAAGCAGACAGUAGCUUGUUCUUUGCUUUGGGGUUUCCUGCUGUAGUGAAGUCAACUAAGAUUUUAAUUCAUGAUAACCUCUGAGCUGGUAGUGCUACUUAAAAUUUUGUCUCCUCCCUCCCUCUCCCUUUGCGCUUGUUUACUGCAUUGACAAGGAUAGAAAUUCUUGACUUUUCGCUGAAACAAUUGGUACAUUCCGUCUUAAUGCUGCUGCUGCUGUCACCUUGGUGAUGAUAAAAGUACAAACUGAUGUGGAAAUGUUAACUCCUCCUGUGCAGAAACAAAAAAACCCAAAGCAUGCACCAAUGCUGUUUAUUUCAACACACUCCAAUUAUUAAGCCAGUAACAUGCAUUGAAAUGGAAAUGUUUACUUAAAAGUGUGUCGUUUUAUUAAAACAAAUGACUUCUG